AUGCACUGGUCGCUGGGCCGACAGAGCUCCUGGGUCCAGCUGGCAGGACAUCAAGGUAACUUCCAGGUGAGUAAAGGAGGGGAGGUGCUGAAGCUGCACAGUGAGGUGGAGGCAAAGUGUCUGGACAGCCUGAUGAGAGACCCGCUGAGAGCCUUCGUCCCGCAGUACCACGGCUUGGUCACCAGAGGGGAGCACUGCUACAUCCGCCUGGAGGACCUGCUGAGCGGCCUGAGGAAGCCUGUUAUCAUGGACUGCAAGAUGGGAGUCAGGACCUACCAGGAGGAAGAACUGAUCAAAUCUCGCACCAAAGCCACCCUGCGGAGCGACAUGUACCAGAAGAUGGUGAAAAUAGACCCAUCUGCUCCGUCAGCAGAGGAACAUGCCCAGAAUGGGGUGACCAAAUGGCGCUACCUCCAGUGGAGGGAUACAACCAGUUCUACGUCCACACUGGGCUUCAGGAUAGAGGGCAUUAUGACGGAGGACGGCAGUGUUCAGCGGGACUUCAGAAAUAUUCAGACUUUAGCUCAGGUGACGGAGGCGCUGCUCUACUUCACCGGUGGUCAGCUGGACACUCUGAGAGCGUACCACUCCAGACUACUGGCCUUGAACGACACACUCAAGAAUUCCCCAUUUUUCAGAACCCAUGAGGUGAUUGGCAGCUCGCUUCUCUUUGUCCACGACCACAGCAGGGCCAGCGUGUGGAUGAUAGACUUCGGAAAGACGACCCCGCUGCCAGACGGCAGGGAGCUCCGACACAACGUCCCGUGGGUUGAAGGCAGCAGGGAGGACGGCUACCUCAUCGGUCUGUCCUCCCUCAUCACAUCUCUGAGUCAGGCCGUCAGUGUGGUCUCCUGGCAGCAGCAGGAUGGCUGUGGAGAGGAAAAGACUGUUAAAUGAAAUACACUGAGGGUUGUGUUUGUGGCAUCUCCUGUUUAAACAACACUGAAUUUCAAGAUGAGGUGGAUAAAACGGUUGCUGUUACACGCUGAACUGAACUGAGACAGCAAGAGGAGAACUUGUUUAUGGCAACUUCAGUGGCUAAAUACUACAGAAAGUGAUGUGAUUGUCUUGCAGCUGUACAUCUGGUAUGUGCAUACUCUAACAGGCAAGACUGAUUUGUUACAAAGACAGGCUUUUAAGAUUUUACAAGACUUUUUAAAUCUUUUCUAUUCUUUGUCUGUCUUUCUUUCUUUUUUUUUUAGCAUUCACAAAAUACAAAAAAAAUCCAAAGAUUGUUAUCUACUAAUGCUGAUGAUGUUUUUUUUAUUUGGUUAGUCUGCAGAAACUCAGAAAUCUCUGUUUCAGCUCAUGCUCAGCUUGUUACUUCACAGAAGCAAAGGUGUUUUAUAAUUAAUCAUAUACACAAAUACACACAUUAGUUGAAGAUAUAUGGAUGAAAUAGGUGUUUUUAUCAGAUAUUUGAAUUAUUUUCUUAUGAUGCAGCUAAAAUGUUUGUUUUUUUCCUGUUCCUUAUAGGCUUUACAAUUAAACAGUUCAUUCUAAGUAUAUUAAACAAUGACUGCUUGUA